CGCGUCGGUACCACUCUUCUUCUCGUUCUUCGGUACUGCCAGCAGAAUCAGCCGCUUAGUAUGGCUGGCACCUUCGUACGAAUCGUCACGUUGGCCGCGGUUUGCGUGGUAUUACCGCUCGCCGCGCAAGACCGACACGCUCGCUCCGGUGAUUUAGAUCGCGGGCCCCCUGAAGUACUACCCCAAUCCGUACUACCCUUCCGCGGCCGAAAUAAGUUUAUUUUUCUCGAUAACGGUGACAUCAAAAGGGAACCCCCCGGCGCAGGUUUAACCCCGGUACUACCCUCUUUUAAAGGGAGGAACAAAUUUAUUGUUUUUGAAGAAAUAUCCUCACCCUCCACUGAGGUACCACCUUAUAAAGGUAAAAAUAGAUUCGUGUUUCUGGAUAACAGUGAUUCAAAGCAUGAAUCUCGCGUAUUUCAUGAACAAGAAGAGUCAGAAUUGGUGGUACCGUCACAGGACAAUGAUUUUUUUCGGCCUGGAGUAAUAUUCGAGAAACCAGUAGUUCGGAAACAACUGAAAACACCCUCGGACGUUUACGAAGAUGUCGACGGAGUACCUACGGAGUACCCGCGAGACGAGAACCGAGUGAAUCAGAAGAGGCGCGAUUUAAAGAUCCCCGCUGACCUUGAAGAAGGACGUACUACGUUUAAUCGUAGCGAAAUCCUGUCUUAUUUUCAGAACCUGAGACAUAAAGUACCGUCCGCUGCACCAGAGAACGAUUUAAAAAACCGACAAAUGAGGACAGGGCAGUACUCGGGUAACAAUAUGAGACAUGUGGUUUUCGAUAGAGACGAUGAAGAGGAGAGUAUGGCCUUGCAGCGUAAGAUUGAGAUGAGCACGGAGUUUUUUCUGGUACCUUCAACCAGCACACCACUAGUUACUUCUUCGUCAGCUUCAGGAGUACACAUCACAAAGACCAUUUUUCAAUCGGAUGAAAACAAGAUUGCUGGAGUGUUCAGAAACGAGGUCUGGGUCAUUCCCGUCCUGGCUCUUUCCGCAAUAACCAUGAUACUCAUCGCAGGUUUUGAGGUGUUUGUUCUUUGCAAAGCUUGGAGAACCACACCGAGUCGAAGACAUCUCUUCCUAGGUCAGAUGCUUCUUUUAGGAUUAUUCUCGUGUGCAGGACUGGCCUCAAUCUGUGCUGCAUCCCCCAGUCAGUUCACCUGUGCUUUGAUGCGAUUUGGAACUGGCGUAGCAUAUACUAUAGUUUUUGCUUCGCUAUUAGUUAAGUGUGUUUUCUUGAUAAGUUUAAACGGAGGAGUGUACUUACCAGCUCCUUACCAAGGACUAUUGCUGAUGUUUGCAAUUUUAAUACAAGUGGCCAUAGCUGUUCAGUGGCUUUUAACCAGCCCACCCCAAAUUGACUUCGUCACAGUGGAGCACGUGGUUUACCAGAACAGAAACAGACUCUUAGUUACCGCUGCUGAUAUCUCAACCUCCCAAAGCAUACCUUUAUGUCGUACUCCCUACGUUGACAUACUUUUAUCCUUGAUCUAUGUAAUAUUUCUUAUCGUUUUCGUGACAGUUUUGGCAGUGAAAUCUCGGGGAAUAAGAGACAACUACAGAGAAGCGACAUAUAUUGGACUUUCGGUGGGUUGCAGUAUACCCAUUUGGUUGAUUUGGACUGUAAGCGGGCUGGUGGUUGGCGAGAGACACAGGGAUGCUUGUAUAGCGUUUGGGCUUGUCGUAAUGGCGAUCAUGGUGUUCUUGAUCAUGUUCAUGCCGAAAGGAAGACAGUUGGCCGCUAUGGGGAAGGAAGGUGUGUAUGUGGAGGACAGGGAGGAGAGAUUCAGCUCGCUGAGUCGCGCUGGAUCCGGGUAUUCGCCGUCGUUCUUUCAUUUUAAACCGAUUAAGCAGGGCCUGAGUCACGGGACGACGCAUAAGCAUCAGCAUAUCACUACACUUGGAGGAGAUGUGGCGUUGUACCCAGCACCGCCCAGCUACACUCGCCUUUACCAGUACUACACCAGCCCACCGGGGUACUACUCUACGCGGUACUUGUCAGGUGGUCUGUACCUGCGCCCCGACGACGGCAACUUGUACACGACGCUGGAGCCCACUCUGAGCAGCAAUCCGAACGUGUACUUCCAAAGAGGAAACGGCCUGCAUCCUGGCAUGAUGUAUUGAAUGCGUAAUGGGCCGGUACUAGCUGGCCGGUGGUGGCAGUACUUUCAGCGCGGCGGCGAUCGCAAAAGCACCGACCGGUCGGUCAAACGAAGAAACGAAGAAGAAAAAUGGCGGCUAUGGCGGGCAUAAACCGUCGGUAAUUAAAAAUAUGGACUAAUUAAGAGCUGGAGGUCUUUUGUUGGGCGAUAAUAUUGGAAAAAACGAUUUCAAACUAUAUAGUACAGGAUCCUGAUUCAGGAUUUUUACGCCACUACUUUAUACGGGUCCGGCAACAAUGUGUCGGGUAUCUGUAGCUUCUAUAAUAAAAAAUAGAGGAAUUUUGGAUAAGUGCAAACCUAAAGUAUAUAUUUCAGGAAAACAUUUUCACUUCUACAGGGUGGCUUAAAAACGUGUCAGUGUAUAAGGGUGAUGUUUUUAAAUGGAACACCCUGUAUAUUAUUGCUUUUUGGGCUUCCUUUCUGAUCAUUUUACAUAAUUCUAAAUUAUUAAAUAUGUUUUGAUAGUUUCAGAAAUAAUAAUAAAUGAAUAAAAAAAUAAUUUGACAGCCUUUUAAAAAAAAAAUAUUAAAAAUACAAGACAUAUCCUGAAUUAAAAACUAUACUAGGUGAAUUUGACACUUUUUUUUAAAUUUACUGCUAGUUUUAUUGGUCUGUACUUACUUUGUUCUAAAUAUAGUAAUCUUAAACAAUACAGGCUGUUCAAAAUUCUAACACCUUCUAACAAAAAUAUAAAAUAGUUUUUCUUAUUUUUUUUUAAUGGAACCGCUAAAAAUUCUAAAAUGCUUUAAAUACAAAAAAUGUUCUUUUUUAAUUAUCCAUUUAACAAAAAUAAUAAUAACAAGACGUUCCAUUAAAAAAAACAUAGAAAAACUACUUUAUAUUCCAGAAAGUUUGGCAUGAAAUUUUGAACACCCUGGACCUGUUAAGAUUACGAUAUUUAUAGUAAAGUAACUACAGACCAUUAUAGUAAAUACCUAGUAUACUUUUGUUUAGUUUGUUGUUUCAGGGGGACAUUUCUUGUAUUUCUAAUAUUUAAAAAAAAAGCUGAUUUUUUUUUAAAUUUAUUUAUUAAUCUAUCUGAAACUAUCUAAACAUGUUUAAUAAUAUCUUAUGUAAAGUGAUCAGAAGGGAAGCCAAAAAUGCAAUAAUAUACAGGGUGUUCCAUUAAAAAAAAAUCAUCCCGAUCCACUAGC